GAGAUGCACAGGCACCAUCGCGCAAGUAAUUCUUGUCACGAUCCGUACAUUUUCUUAGAAACAAAAUGUCAAACAUUACGAACUAUGAAUCAUUUGCACUUUCAACACGGAUAUAAAUAUGAAUUGUACUUUGUGUCAGUUGUAAUUAUUACUAUACAACAGCUGCGUGAUCCCAUAUGCGAUUUCAUCCAGUUACCUACGUAUAAUAAGAAAGCGAGCAACGCUUGAAAAAUCUGGUGUCACUAUUAUCUUCGGGUAUUUGUUUUAUAUUUUGGCCGUGACACUGCUUUCGUGUCCACUUUUGCCCAAGGUUAUUACACCGAACACUUCUCUUAAUCGAAUUUUUGCAUGAUCGACGGUACAUCGUAGGAACAGUUUUUAAGAAAUUAUUUAACCAAACCGUGUAUAACACGGUGAUGCAGUGAAGUUGAGGGAAAUCUGUUUGCUGUCAUCUUCUCCUGUGGAUAAACAAACCCGAAAUGGCUUGGUUGGGAACAAUAGCCAGCAACGUGUUCCGUAACAUCGCGAAUCAAGUUAUCCCGUCGAAUUUAGUGCAAGAGGUAAACUCGGAACGGUACAGCAAUCGACAGAUUCUCUGUCGCGAAGAUGCGAUUGUGCUGUACGGUGUGGAAACAGAGAAUGAAAAGUAUGAUAUUGUGCUUCACAAGCCUUGCACGGAAACAUUGCACCAAGCAUACAGUCUGUAUCGAUCAAAAAGCAGAGACGAUGCAGAAAACCAUUUCAUUAUAUACAAAGACAAGAUUACGGUGCUAACUCAGAUUUGUAAAGAGAUGUGCACCGUUCUCAAAAUACAGCAACUGUGCGACGUUCUAGUAGAACAUCCUACGUGGACACUGGCGCAUUUGGCAGCGCAUUUUACUCUGCACAACGCGUUUAAUCACGCCGUGGUCAAUAGCCAAUUAAACAGUGGGGACAUACAGAGCGGAAUGUCUCCACUGCAAGUAGCAGUGGGGACCAACAAUCUGCGAACGGUUCAGAUGCUGAUAGAAGCGAAGAGUUCCUUGGAGCAUCUGGACCACAGGGCCAAUACGGUCUACCAUUACGCAGCCACCUCUACCAAAGAAAUAAUUCUAGCUCUCGGUGGACACCUUCCUUCCAGUCUAAACAGCAGGAACAGCGACGGGCACACGCCGAUCCACGUUGCCUGUUUGAACAAUAAGCCGGAAUGCGUGAAAGCGCUGCUCUUGAUCGGCGCGGACGUGAAUAUACCAGCGACCGAAGGUCAGCCUUCCAGUCCAGGGUACGUCGGCGACCUGUUGCACAGCAAGCGCAACGUUCUCCACACAGAGGACAUGCAGUUCGGUGGCACACCGCUGCACUGGUCCCAGAGCAGAGAAGUGAUCAACGCCCUGAUCGAAACGCACUGCGACAUCGACGCUCUGAACUUCAACGGUCGGACCGCGCUGCACAUAAUGGCGAUGAGGAAGCGACUGCCAUGCGUGGUGGCCCUACUGAGCCACCUGGCUUCCGUAAACAUCUCGGACCAUAACGGCGACACGCCGUUGCAUCUAGCAGUCCGCGAAGGGACCGAGGCAAUCGUCCAGUCGCUGAUCGGCUUCGGAGCGGACAUCAACGCAAAGAACUGGGAAUCUGAAACGCCAAGGCAUCUGGUGAAAGUCGACACCACCGAAGGUCAGAAGAUCCUGUACAUCCUGGACGCUGUUGGGGCCAGUCGGUGCGCACCGGAGAUGAACGGCUGCACAAUGGGUUGCAAGUAUAACGAGGCUUUCAAUGGCAUCGCGCCCCCGGAACCGCCCGCUGUCGUGCCGCGCACGGUCCUGGACCAGAUGCUGCACAUCAACGGCAUGGACAACAUGUCCUCGAAGAAAGAUCCUCGGCUCGAAGGCGGCCGGCUACUCUGUCUAGACGGCGGCGGAAUUCGCGGGCUGGUCCUCGUACAGACUCUUCUGGAGAUCCAGGAGAUCAUUCAGAAGCCCAUCGUGAAGAGCUUCGACUGGAUCGCCGGCACCUCGACAGGCGGUAUUUUGGCCCUAGGAUUAGCGAGCGGCAAGUCGUUGCGCGAGUGCCAGGCACUGUACUUCCGCAUCAAGGAGCAAGCCUUCGUCGGCACGCGGCCCUACGACAGCGAAGCUUUGGAGAAGGUAUUGAAGGACUGCCUGGGAUCGACCACCGUCAUGACGGACAUCAAGAAGCCGAAGGUGAUGGUCACCGGAGUACUGGCGAAGACGAGACCCGUGGAGCUUCAUUUGUUCCGCAACUACGACUCGCCGGCCUCGCUCCUCCAGGUUAAGGAAAACACCACGCCCAUCGAUCCGUGCGGGCCUCACGAGCAGCUGAUAUGGCAAGUCGCUAGAGCAACCGGCGCCGCGCCGUCCUACUUCCGGGCGUUCGGCAAGUUCCUGGACGGUGGUUUGAUCGCGAACAAUCCGACCUUGGACGCGAUUACCGAGAUCAACGAGUACAACCUUGCUCUUAGAGCGAUGAACCGAGUCAGCACUCCUCUGUCGCUGGUUGUGUCCCUCGGGACAGGCCUGGUCCCGCCUAGUCCGCUGGAAGAAAUCGACAUCUUUCGACCCGAGACCCUAUGGGACACCGCCAAAUUGGCCAUGAGACUAUCCACCGUGGCGGAGCUGCUGGUAGAUCAGGCAACAGCCUGCGACGGCAGGAUCGUCGACCGCGCCAGGAAUUGGUGUUCCAUGAUCGGGGUGCCUUACUACAGAUUCAAUCCUCAACUAGCCCGGGACAUCAACAUGGACGAGAAGAGCGACGAGGUCCUGGCCGAGAUGAUCUGGACCACGAAAGCUUUCAUGUACGCGAACAGGGAUCAAAUUAAGGAAUUAGCUGCUGUGCUGGACUAUGACAUUUAAACGCAUACAUAGAGAUGUUUCUGCACCCUUUGAAUCGAGGAGGCGGGGGCGCAAAUCGUCGCGUUCCGUUUAGAUCUGUGUUUCACCCCUUAGACACACGAUUGCACCCCGCGCCCGAUUCAAAUCGUGCACCCGAAUCGCUGAUCGUUAGUGUCCUAACGCGUUUCCCGUCUUGAGUCGUUCCGAUCAUUUAGCUUCGAUGAUCGCGCACAAUUUUUCGUACAUUUUUCUAUUUAUUGUUUCGGCGCUCAUUCAGUUAUGGUUCGGAGGGGGGCGGGGGGGAUGGUACAUGCACGUGAUAGAAUACAUAUAUUAUACACAGUGUACAGAGAUUUCCUGUUGUUCUCAUUUGAUUCAAGACUUUAGAAUGAUUUAUUUAUUCGUUUUUCAAAGAGUUCAACGUCGAAUAAUAAAUAGCAAAGAACAGAAAGAAAACACGAAGCAAUCUAACGAAUCUAUACCGAGACCCCAUACUCGUUCUACGAUUAACCGGAGAUCCUCGUCGGCCCUUCGAUCCGGCUUCGGCGGGCGGGCCGUUCGAACGAAACGUUUCCCGAACGAUGCGAUUGGCGAUCGACUCGACAAUUUUUUAGCAAACAACGUUCUAUCGAUCCUUCGCUAUCGGCAAGCAUUUCCAUAGGCAAAGUCAGAAUAAUUUGUGCACGCUGUAAACGCAUAAAGGUCUGCCGUUUGACCCUUUGCGCUCGAGCGGUGACUCUGAGACGUCGCCGAGAAUUGUUAUUUAAUUUUAAUUUUUAAUUGCUUUUUGUAUUGUCAAAUCUGUUUAUAUGUAGAUGUGUUAAAUUGUGUUUAAAUCUCUGUUGAAUUAUAUUUAAAUCUGUUGAAUUAUA